AGAAAGUCGAGAGCAAAGCAUUUUAUUUUCAUUUGCGUGCUACUUUUUACGAUUAAGAGAAAAUGUUGGCAGCCUAUUUUGAUUGCCCAGGAGGCCCAGAAAAUCUCUAUGUGAAAAAAGUGAUGAAACCACAUCCAGGAGAAGGAGAAGUUCUUGUGAAGGUCGCUGCCAGUGCUCUGAAUAGGGCUGAUUUACUCCAGAGGAGAGGGAAGUACCCUCCCCCUAAAGGAGCAAGUGAUAUUUUAGGCUUAGAAGCAGCUGGGAGUGUGGCUGGGCUCGGACCUGGCUGCAAGGGCCGGUGGAAGAUUGGCGAUGCAGUGAUGGCUCUGCUCUCCGGAGGUGGCCAGGCAGAAUACGUAACAGUACCCGAAGGCUACCUGAUGCCAAUUCCCAAUGAUAUGACAUUUAUUCAGGCUGCAGCCAUUCCCGAAGCCUGGUUAACAGCCUUUCAGCUGCUGCAUUUUGUAGGUAAAAUACAGAAGGGCGAGAGAGUGUUGAUCCAUGCUGGAGCUAGCGGAGUUGGUAUGGCAGCCGUUCAGCUGGUAAGACUGGCAAAAGCUAUUCCCAUUGUGACAGCAGGAACUCAAGAGAAACUGAAAGCUACAGCAAACGCCGGAGCAGCUGCGGGGUUCAACUACAAGAAUGAAGAUUUUAGUGAAAAGGUCUUGGCGUUCACCCAAGGUUCUGGAGUAGAUAUUAUUUUAGAUUGUGUUGGUGGCUCAUACUGGGAGAAGAAUCUCAACUGUCUGAGUACUGAUGGCCGGUGGAUUAUUUAUGGACUACUGAGUGGAGGUGAAGUACAUGGAGAUUUGCUUGCAAGGCUGCUUUCCAAAAGAGCGAGCAUCCAUACAACUCUAUUACGAUCACGAGACAAGGAGUAUAAGGAACGGCUGGUGAAAGCCUUCACAGAAGACGUGCUGCCCUAUUUUUCUGGAGGAACCUCCCCUCAUCUCCAACCACUUGUUGACAGCGUUCACCCUCUGCACGAGAUUGCAGGGGCACACAGGAUCAUGGAAGACAACAAGAAUAUUGGCAAAAUUGUCAUCGAAAUGCCUGCUUCGUCUUAAAGAAAGGCCUGCUGCUGUAGUUGUUUCGGGGACAGAAUCGUUACGGGUGUUUGACAAGCAAAGAAUCUGCCAUUUCUGCUUCCAAAUCUGGAAUGAUUUAUUGUGGGAGGAAGCCA